UCCCUGCGCGAGACGCAGCUCGGGGCGGGGAAGGCGGAAGUCGGCUCCCAACAACACCCGAGAGCCGGGUAGCGCUGAGUUCCGAUCCAGAGCGUCCGCCUUCGCCGGCCGGGUCGGGCCUGAGGAGCCGCCGCCAUGUCCAGCAUGGAGAAACACCUGUUUAACUUGAAGUUUGCUGCCAAAGAGCUCAGCAGGAAUGCAAAAAAAUGUGAUAAAGAAGAAAAGGUUGAAAAGACUAAAAUUAAGAAGGCAAUCCAGAAGGGUAAUACUGAAGUUGCAAGAAUACAUGCAGAAAAUGCAAUCCGACAGAAGAAUCAAGCAAUCAAUUUCUUGCGCAUGAGUGCCAGGGUAGAUGCAGUAGCCGCAAGAGUUCAAACUGCAGUAACAAUGGGCAAGGUAACAAAGUCAAUGGCAGGAGUAGUUAAAUCUAUGGAUGCUACAUUGAAGAGCAUGAACCUGGAAAAGAUAUCUGCCUUAAUGGACAAAUUUGAGCACCAGUUUGAAACACUAGAUGUUCAGACGGCACAGAUGGAAGACACAAUGAGUAAUACUACUACGUUAACAACACCACAAAACCAAGUGGAUACGCUUCUACAGGAAAUGGCAGAUGAAGCAGGCCUUGAUCUGAACAUGGAACUACCCCAGGGGCAAACAGGUUCUGUUGGCACAAGUGUUGCUUCAGCAGAGCAGGAUGAGCUGUCACAGAGACUGGCCCGCCUACGUGAUCAAGUUUAACUUAAGUAAUCAAAACUGCAGAUCUCUGUAUAUGCUUCCAAAGCAUUCACUCUGUAUACAUAUUAUGCAGUAUGUCCUGGAUGUCUAAAUGUUUGUACUAUAUGAUACUUCACUUUUGGCUUGCUGUCCUUUCUAAAUACAUUAAGAAAUUCAAAGGUAUCACAGCCCUUAAAGUUUUUCUAGGUCUGUACAGUACAUUUUGAAGUUGGGGAUAUAUUUUUACAAUUAUCUUUUCACAGAACCAAGCUAAAAUUCUAAGUCAACUAAUAAUGUUGCUUCAUUCUAGUUGAAGGAAAAGCUGAACACUAUUAACAUGAUAUAUAAUAUUUUAAAUUAUAAAGUGGGUUUUUUAAAUUAUGAAAAACAUGUACAGUUGGGGAACUGAUGCAUGCAAUUCAGAUGAUGGUUGCAAUUAACUUGCUUACACAGCAAAAUUCAUGGAAUACACAGAUGGACGUGUUGUCUUUGUUAAUAAGCAUAUUAAAACACAUAGUUGGACUUGAA